AUGCAUAAGACUAAAACUUUAAAGGAAAAACCAGAAGAACUAGAAAUGUCUGACAAAAUUCCCUUAUCGGUCCUUACAAAAUUUAUUAAACCUUACAACGGCGACAGAGAAUCACUUCCAGCAUUCUUAACAAAUUGUGAUAACGCCAUAUUACUCGCGAAUUCGGAACAGCAAUCAGUUCUGUAUCGUUAUAUCAUAUCCCAGUUAGAGGGAAAAGCCCAAAUCGCGUGCUCAUUAAAAACUUUUAAUAGUUGGGAUGAAUUAAAAAUAUUCCUAAAAACUACCUUUGGCGAAAAGAAACACUCCACACACCUUUUAAUAGAACUCCAAAACUGUAGACAGGGAAACUCAGAAACCGUAAUGCAAUACUCGCUUAGAAUUGAAUCUUGUUUAACGCGAUUACAAUCUGAUAUACAUUAUAGUUCUGAGAAUAAGUCCGAGCUAGUAGGAAGAAUUGCCGCUAUGGAGGAUCUAGCCCUCAACACUUUUAUAUUAGGUUUAAAUUCUAAUUAUGGAUAUAUUGUUAGAUGCCGAAAUCCGAAAAACUUAAGCGAAGCGAUUACGCAUGCCAUAGAAGAAGAAAAAUUAUAUAUUCUAAGCAAAAUUUCUUCCAAAUCAUAUAAACAAUGUUCUAUAUGUCAAAAAUCCGGUCAUGAUUCUUCCAGCUGCUAUAAUAAGAAAAAACAAUCUCAUCGAGCUUAUUAUGUUAAUCCGCAAAAUAGUAACUAUCCUAAUUCUCAUAACAUCUCAAAUAAAAACUUUAUUAAAAUAUGUAGCUAUUGUAAAAAUCCGGGACAUAUGAUAAAUGAAUGUCGCAAGCGACAAUAUAACAAUAGCAUUCGUCGCAAUAUGCAACCGGAUACUCGCCCGACGACUACGUUACCAAGUCCCAGUGCACACACACCUAAUAGAAAUAAUAUGCAUUUAUGUAACGCACAACCAUCUACCUCUAGUACCGAUAUUUGUAACGAAGAUUUAAACUAA